UCUUCUCUUCCCUCAUCUUGUAAAUUACGGAGAAGGUUUCAUCUUAAUGCAAUUCACAAGCCUGGUGAUGUGAUUCUGGGUGGGCUGUUUGAAGUCCACUACACCUCUGUCUUCCCUGAGCGAACAUUCACCUCAGAGCCACAAGAGCACAGCUGCCAAGGCUUUGAUCCUCCAGGGUUCAGGCAUGCCAUGACCAUGGCCUUUGCUAUUGAUGAGAUCAACAAAAACUCCAACCUGCUACCAAAUGUGACUCUGGGAUACAGUCUUUAUGAUAACUGUGCUACACUUGCUAUUGGUUUCUGUGCUGCGUUGUCACUGGCCAGCGGUCAAGAGGACCAGUUUCUGCUUCAGGAGAACUGUUUAGGGACCCCUCCAGUCCUGGGGAUUGUGGGCGAUCCCUUUUCAACAUUUACUAUUGCUAUCUCCAAUGUUCUAGGUUUAUUCAAACUGCCAAUUGUGAGUUAUUUUGCCACAUGUUCCUGCCUGAGUGAUCGGAGAAGGUUUCCAUCCUUCUUUAGAAUGAUCCCAAGUGAUGCUUUCCAGGUGCGUGCCAUGAUUCAGAUUCUAAAACACUUUGGCUGGACUUGGGCAGGUCUGCUGGUCAGUGAUGAUGAUUAUGGACUCCAUGCUGCCCAAUCCUUACAAUCAGACCUGGCUCAGUCUGGUGGAGGUUGUCUGGCCUACUCAGAGAUUUUACCCUGGGGUGACAACCCCGCUGAAGUAAAGAGGAUUGUGGAAGUGAUGAAGAAAUCCACAGCUCGUGUGGUCAUUGUGUUUGCACAUCAAAUACACAUGAUUCAACUAAUGGAAGAGGUGGUGAGACAGAACGUAACAGACCUGCAGUGGAUUGCCAGUGAAGCCUGGACAUUAGUUGACGGGCUCCAUACUCCUUCCUUCAUGCCAUACCUGUGUGGCACACUCGGCAUGGCUAUCCGUCGAGGAAAAAUACCAGGACUGCAGGACUUCCUAUUAAGAAUUAAUCCUGACCUAAACCAAAACAACAGCUAUGAAAAUAGCAUGGUGAGACAGUUUUGGGAAUACAUAUUUCAGUGUAGAUUUGCUCCUCUUCCAGCUGGUUGGGUGGAGGCUGGGGGAGCACUAUGCACUGGACAGGAAGAACUUAAGAAUGUGGAGACUGAGAUGUUGGAUGUUUCUAACCUCAGGCCUGAGUACAAUAUUUACAAAGCUGUGUAUGCUCUGGCGUACGCCCUUGAUGACAUGCUGCGCUGUGUGCCUGGGAGAGGGCCUUUCAGUGGGCACAGCUGUGCUACUUUGCAAACACUAGACCCAUGGCAGCUUGUGUAUUACUUGGAAAAGGUAAACUUCACCACACCAUUUGGUGAACUAGUGUCAUUUGAUGAGAAUGGUGAUGCCCUACCAAUAUAUGAUAUCAUGAACUGGCUGUGGCUCCCUGAUGGAAGAACUAAAGUUCAGAGUGUGGGGGUUGUUAAGAAGUUGGCCUCCAAAGGUGAAGAACUCACACUUGAUGAAAACAAAAUCUUCUGGAACUUUGAAUCCAAAAAGCCACCCAGGUCAGUUUGCAGUGAGAGCUGCCCCCCAGGUACCCGCAUGGCCAGGAAAAGGAGAAUGCCUGUUUGCUGUUUUGACUGCAUCCCUUGCUCUGAGGGAAAGAUCAGCAAUGAAACUGACUCCAUGGAGUGCACCAGUUGUCCAGAGGAUUUCUGGUCCAGUCCCCAGCGUGACCACUGUGUUCCUAAGAAAACUGAGUUCCUGUCCUACCAUGAGCCUCUGGGUGUCUGUUUGACAACUGCCUCAUUGUUGGGCACAUUUAUAUGUGUUGUUGUCCUGGGAAUCUUCACCUAUCAUCGGCGUACACCUAUGGUACGCGCCAACAAUUCAGAACUGAGUUUCCUGCUCUUGGUGUCACUCAAACUAUGUUUCCUGUGUUCACUGCUGUUUAUCGGACGUCCCAGGCUGUGGACAUGCCAGCUUAGACAUGCAGCAUUUGGGAUCAGCUUUGUGCUUUGUGUAUCAUGCAUCCUGGUGAAAACCAUGGUGGUUCUGGCUGUGUUUAAGGCCUCCAAGCCAGGAGGUGGAGCCUAUCUCAAGUGGUUUGGUGCUGUGCAGCAGAGAGGAACAGUUCUGGCUCUGACCUGCAUUCAGGCAGCAAUCUGCACUGCUUGGCUUGUCUCUUCCUCACCAGUUCCUCAUAAAAACACUCAAUACCACAAUGACAAGAUCGUUUAUGAGUGUCUGGUUGGCUCCACAGUUGGUUUUGGAGUGUUACUGGGCUAUAUUGGCUUACUGGCUAUCCUCAGCUUCUUGUUAGCCUUUUUGGCAAGAAAUCUUCCAGAUAACUUCAAUGAGGCCAAACUCAUCACUUUCAGCAUGCUGAUCUUCUGUGCAGUGUGGGUGGCCUUUGUCCCUGCUUAUGUCAACUCUCCAGGAAAAUAUGCAGAUGCAGUGGAGGUAUUUGCCAUCCUGGCCUCAAGUUUUGGCCUCUUGGUGGCACUGUUUGGACCCAAAUGUUACAUAAUCCUGCUGAGACCAGAGAGGAACACGAAAAAAGCAAUCAUGGGCCGAGGAACUGCUUAG